AUGAAAGGUGUGGUCUAUCAGCUUCGUGCGACCGCUCCUAACGAAUUUUUCGAACAACCGUCAUGUAGUUUCGGCGACGGAAAUUAUUUUGCAGUGGACGAAGCCGGUAGCUUUGUCAAAUCAGCGCAUGAACAAGAUCAGCUGAUUGGAAGUGUUUCACAGUUGGAACAACUACAACUUACUGGAGUCAUUUCGCAGCAUGUGCAAAGGGGUAACACUCCUGUGAUAGACUUAAACCUAAUCUCGGAUUAG